GGCCCGCGACCGCGCCCGCCUCUCCCGCGCCGCCCUCGUCACGCCUUGGGCAGCCAUGCCCGGCCGCCUGCUGCGGGGCCUGUGGAGGCGUUGGAGCCGUUACAAGUACCGCUUCGUCCCCUGGAUCGCGCUGAACCUGAGCCACAACCCGAGGACCCUUCGGUAUGUUCCAGAGGAAUCCAAAGACAAAGUUACUCCAGAUGAAGAUGUCCUAGGAACAUUACUGAAAGUUUUCCAGGCUUUAUUCUUAAAUGAUCUCAAUAAACAAUCAGAUAUCUUGACUAUGCUUCCAGAACCUGUUAAGUCAAAAUAUCAAGACCUACUGACACUUCAGCAUCAAAGGGUGAAUCUGGUUGACAACAGACAUCAGCAGCAAAAUAUUUUUAAGCCAGAAGAAAUUCUUUAUAAAACAUUGGGUUUCAGUGUUGCCCGAGCAACUAGUUCAUUGAUUUCUGCAGGAAGAGGUGUCUUCGUUACUAAAGGAUUGGUACCGAAAGGCGCAGUUGUAUCUAUUUAUCCUGGUACAAUAUAUCAGAAGUAUGAGCCAAUCUUUUUCCAAUCCAUUGGAAACCCAUUUAUUUUUAGAUGCCUGGAUGGAGUACUCAUUGAUGGAAAUGACAAAGGAAUAUCAAAAGCUGUGUACAGAUCAUGCAGUGGAAGAGAUAGGAUUGGCCCUUUAAAAAUGAGUGAUAGUACAUGGCUAACAUCAGAAAUUUGUAAUCCACUGGCUGUAGGACAGUAUGUCAACAAUUGUUCAAAUGACAGGCCAGCUAAUGUUUGUUAUCAGGAAUUUGAGGUGCCUGCAGUUUUCCCUAUAGAAUUGAAGCAGUAUCUUCCAAACAUUGCCUACAGCUAUGACAAACAAAGCCCACUUCGAUGUGUUGUUCUUGUUGCACUGAGGGACAUCAAGCAAGGAGAAGAGCUCUUUUCAAACUACUAUACAAUUGUCAGCUAACUUAGUGAAUUAGAAAUUGGGUUUUCUACUUAGUGACCACAUUAACUCUAAAUGUUCUUUUGUUGAUCAUUCUGAGUUCCACCUGUAGAAAAAAUAUUUUGAAUCUUAACUAAGAAUUGUUUUAUUGAUAUUACAGUUAUGUUCCAGUUUCAUGGAAAAAGUGACUUGCUUCAUUACAAUUUCAAAAUUUGUACUGCAAGUACAAUUUAGUUGGUUUUUUAAUAAACGAUAGUUUAUUAAAUUAAAACUAUUUGCACUGUAAUUUCAAUUUAUUUUGUAUACCACUGUGUUAAUUUAUAAAAUUUUAGCCAAGCACUAGCAAUUCUUAUAAUGUUGAUGUGUACAAACUUCUGUAAAAACUUUUAAUUUCACAGAAUAAAAAAUAGGUAAGUGUU